ACUACGAAUUUUUACAAUCGUGCUACUAUCGUUCGUCUAUAAGGGGAAAGCAUCAUGAAGAUGCACCCUGUAGAAAUUGCUUACGUUAUAUCCUUCUAGUGGCUUUUAGGCUAGCUCUCCCAUUGUCUGUUAUAGUGGUAUUUUAAUGAUGAUAAUAUUAGUGGAGUCCCCUUUGUUAUAUUCCCCUGUCCAUUAAUACUAUUAGAAGAAAUAGAUAUUAUGAAGAUAUAAGUUAAUCAAUUGGUGCUUCGUUCAAUUACAUAAUUGAUAUUUUGGUGCACUUACCCCCCGAUGUUGUUCCAAUCACCCUUUUUCCUCAUAAGUUAUUGAUCUCCAAAGACAAUUUUGUAUAUUUUACAUAGAAAAUAUUUUCGCAGAGAGUAUUAAUAUUUCUAUAUUAAUGAAUAUUCAGAUAUAGAUAUUUCUUCAGGCCCAACUAUGAUGCCUGUACCAAAAUCCAAAAUAAGAUAUUUAACUAGAAAAGUCAACUUUCAAAAUAUCCAAAGAGGCCCUUUCCUAAGAAGAAAUCGUAUAAAAUCUUUCUAUAGGAAACUGACGAGACAGUACAAAAAAAAUUCCUACCCUUGUCUGUGCGGAGUUUUAGGAGGUAUAUUGAUCAUGACAAGACUUAUGGGUAUUUUACCAGUGAGUGAGGUGGAAAAAAAAGGCCACGUUACUGCGUGUGGAUUCGAGACGAAAACAUUUUGGGUUGCAUAUUCAUUUUCAAUCCAGCUAUUUUAUUUCGUUUUUGUUUUCAUUAUUUAUUCGUUGAGAUUUUACAUGGGACCUAUGCAUCAAUUGAAAUCAGAAUGGUAUGUUAUGACUUUUGGUUACCUUGUAACAGAUUUUGAGAUUAUAAUUACUUUGUUCAUGGGAACUCUUGCUUCUAAAAGAAUGUGUGAGAAUUUGAGGGUACUGUCAAAAAUGCAAGGAUCUGUAGGGGAGACAAGAACGUUCAAAAAAUAUUUGAAAAUGGUUGUUAUUACUUGCCUAAUAGGCUUUGCUUUUCUUAUUCUUUCACACAUACACGUGGCCAUACUGAGGAGCAAGAAGUCGAAGAUUACUUUAUUAGACAGUCCGUUUCUAGUAAUGGUGAGAGGUUGCAUGUUUUUCUACACAUCAGUUGAAGUUAUAAUCGUUUUCAUAUUCUGCUUUUUGAUUACACUCAAAUAUAAAUAUUUGGCUACAAUGACAUCAAGAACUAUGGAAAAUUUAUACAUACAAUCCGGAGGAAAAAGCUAUCAUUCGUUAAUAAAGUAUACCGAUGCAAUCGCACUUACCAUAGCCAAAAGCGAAAACAUACCUAAACUCAAUCAGCUUGAAACAUUUUAUCAACGCCUUACAACUACAGUUGACGAAGUCAAUACUACUGUGGGUCUAUCAAUACUUGUAGCAGUAACCUCCAGUCUAUACUCAACCAUGUAUUAUUUGUAUCGUUUUUCCACGGCAUCCGAUAAUGGGAUUAACAUCAAUACAAACGAAAGGUUGCAUUAUGUUAUUGGAUUAUUUGGUAAAUCUGGUAAAAUGUUCGGUUAUAUGGUUAUGGGUAAUUUACUUCUAAAAGCAUCACGACAACCCUUGGAAGUUUUAAGGAAUUCGCGGAUAGUAAACCUUCCUAAUGGAAUACAGCAACAGGUACAGUCUUUGAUGCUCCAAUGGUUUGAGAGUAAAGGCUACUUAUCAGCUGGAGGCAUUGUUAGAGUUGGACCCUGGCUACUCGCUCCAAUACUGGGAAAUGUCAUCACUUAUUUACUGGUAGCUCUGCAAUUCAACCAAAGUCUUGCUGAGGAAUAUGAUAUCUAACCGAGAAAGACUCUGAUAUCUGUUUCCACUAACUUAAUUUUUAAGAAAAAAUCUCAGUAGAUUCUUGCAUCCAAAACGCUAACUUGACACUUUUAUCAGAUUUGAAAGAUAACCAGAAAUAAGGGUAGAAACUAAGUGUUCUGCUCAAAUGCAGAUACAAUAAUAGCCUUCAAAGUUCCACAGCCUACCCUGCUUGAUAAUGAAUUUAAUUGAAUGUAUGUUUUAUGGUGUUUUUUCUAUGUCUAAUAUCUAUUUUAUGUAUAUGUAGUCUAAGGUAUUAUUUUACUUAGUGUACCUACUAUUAAAAAAUAAAACCAAACUUUAUACUCA